UCUAUAUAAUGUGAGAGGUACAUGAAGGAGAGAGUAUCGAAGAAACACACAGAGACACUUUGAAGCUUUAAUGAUUUAAUUUCUCACAAGCAUAAAAAAGAGCUAAAGAAAAAAGAUGGGAACAGCUACUUUCAUAGAUAUUCUUCUUGCUAUCCUCUUGCCUCCUCUUGGAGUCUUUCUCAGAUAUGGUUGCGGGGUAGAGUUUUGGAUAUGUUUGGUUUUGACGCUGCUUGGAUACCUCCCUGGGAUCAUAUACGCUCUUUAUGUCCUCACCAAAUGAUUUACCAUCUAUCCUCUCUUCUUGUAUCUUCAUCUCCUUUAUAUGUUUAGGUGGUGGUGAACCUUAAGACAGAAAAAAAAAAGAGUUAGGUGGUGAACAUACACUCCACACCAUGUGAAUUCAGAUGUUUUACAAAAAUAAUCAUCAAACUAAGAACUUAUGGUAUGAUAAUUAUUAUAUUUCAAGUUAGUUUAGAUUAAGAUAUUAUUAAUAGUAUUUUCGGAAACAGACUAGAUAACCUGUACAGCAGUAAGACUACUGAUAGAGAUAGUAUCUAAGUUUUUUUUUUUUUUUACAUUUGCAUUGUCAUAGACUCAUAGUACAAGAAUUUUCAGAUAACUUUUUAACUUAUGCAUUUGUUGUUAUUAUGAUAGAGAUGGUUUGAGUUUUUUUUUACAUUUGCAUUAUCAUAGACCCAUAGUACAAGAAUUUUCAGAUAAAUUUUUAACUUUGCAUUUGUUGUUAUUAUGUAGGAACAGCUGUUCCGUCGCGUUCUCCUCUACUCGUUGUGUGUUACUAAUUCAUCGUUUCUUAUGUUGUAUUUGCAUUU